AUGGCCGAUCUCAAGUCGAGAAUUGGCGGCAAACGUAAAUAUUUUUCAAACCUCGUUUGGAAACGUGAAGAUCAUCAGCUCGGACAUUCGGGGCACCACAAGCGCGCUUCCUCGCUCACUUACAACUCGAGGAGAGAGGAAAACACCCCCGCUGAUUAUGACAGCGAUGCCUCAAGCAUUGCUUCGAGCAAUUGCGGCGAAGAAGCUUACUUUCUUCCGAGCAACGGAGGGGAAAGAAGGGGGGAGGGUCCAACCGCGCCGUUUCGCAGGUUCCGAUCUGCAGAACCCCCAUCCCUGCUCAAGAGGAUUGAGCUGCCCAUACUCCCCGCCAGCAGCCCCACAAAACGCGCUAAUGCAGUCCAGGAGAGCCCAAAGCGGUUGAUCGAGAGAAUCGGGAAUGGGCUCUAUGCAGCCCAGCACACUCCGAUAAUGCUACACUCGGAAGACAUGGAUAUUGAUAGCACACCUGCACCAGAUGGAACUAUUGCUGAAGAGGCGCCCAAUGGUCAUGUUUGGACUGAUCAGGCAAGGCAUGAGGCAGUGGCAGUUUCCGGAAUCAAUACAAUGGCUAUUGACACUGUGCACGACGAGGCGGGAAAGUGCAUUGUUGAAAGUGCACCAACCAUCUCCGACGACUCCCUGAACAAUCGCGUUGAAGAUAGCAAUGGCGACCAUCGUCAACCAGCCGAUGAAGGCUCGGCAGCGCACAAAAACCUCGAAGCAAUUCCAGGGCUCACAUUUUCUGAACGGGACAAUAACUUAAAUGCUCCAGUCCAACAUCAGAAUGCCGCUGCAUCUUCCUCUUCUUCUCCCGCUUUUCUUGUUCCUGCCACUGAAGGCGGAUCUCUGGAACAAACUAUGAAUUCUUCUACGACCCCACAAGCAUUGCCUACCAGAAAUUCGCCUCAUUCAUCCCCCGAAGAAGGCCAAUGGGAAGAACCGAGUUUACCAGUGCCGCCUGACUUUAUUUUGAAUGUAAGGAAGCUGCUACUGCCUCUCAUCACGCAAAACGCCCAAUGUCGAACCGAUUUUGGACAGGAAACAAUACCAAGUCCCGAGUCCGUUGAGAGGGCGCUAUCCGGUGUUGUGGACGACGAGGCCUGUACCUCGUUUGCUGGGCAAAUGCGCGGCAUAAGGAGGGAAAUGGUGGCACUGAAUGCAACGGCCGUCAAGAAGCCGGUAGUGAGUAUCCAAGCUGAUGGUUCACAGGUUGCACAAGAAGAAUCUGGCUCGAUGUCGAGUCAGUCACUGCCCGUAGAGAAAGCAAACCGGACGCCGCCAUGGGGUCCUCGUGCUAUGCGUCAAGGCUCAUCUCAAUUGAAGAAGAUUGAACUGAUGAAAAGCCCAAGUUACGGUGACUAUUUCAAGAAAGGACAGAACAAAACCGAAGCACCCAUCGCGAAAGGACCUAAAUACCACGAACAAUUGAAACCCAAAGACAAGGCGGAUGAAUCGUCCAAGUAUCUUCAACUCAGGGAGAUUCGUAAUCGAAGGGCUGGUUACGAAGCCAAAAGAUCGUCGACAAAAGACUAUGCGUCUCGACAAGAUUCACUGAAUGGCCAAGUGGAGGCGGGAAGAACGUCUGACCGAGACUAUGCGCGAAGCCAUUACAGGAGAGAUUCAUCGGACAUGCAGAUAGAAGCAAGACCAAGACGGUCGUCAAUUCCAGACCGCCGUUCGGACUCGUUGGAGAAACCUCCCGCGCCCCCCCAGACCGUCGAACCUCACACAGCAGCACAUCUGCUACUCGCCGGAGUCCUUCACGAUCUCCUCCACGUCGUACACGUUCGCCUCCUUACUCUCGCUCCCAUGCACGCCCAGAUAAGAUACACAGCCCUUCUCGUCGUCGAUAUUCCCCGCCUCCGCCAUCUACUUCUCGUUCCGCCGACUUUUCAUCUCGUCGGGCCCGCUCACCUGCCAGGAAUGGACGGUCACCCAGCCCUGAGCAUCUACGAGUCAAAAGAGGACGCUCACGAUCACGUUCUCCCAUCAGCAGGUAUCAAAAAGAGGCUUCGCCAACCCGCAAGGACCUUUACACGUCACGUCAUCGCUCUCCAUACUAUCCGGAAGCCCCUCGUCGCUCAGCUAAAAAGCCAUAUUCCCCCAUCCGUCGAUCCAAGUCACCCCCAAUGCGGAAACGAACUCCGACAAUUGAGCGCCUAG